CACGACGCGCCGGCGGCGUGAGGGGCAGACGCUCUCCGGCGCCACGCGCGACGCUCUGCCAGUCGGCGGUUUCUGUCUGCGCGCGAAGUAUGCGUGCCGCAGCGAUCAAAAGGAGGCAAGCUUCGUUACCCGUUCGCCGCGCAGUGGAGCUGGAAUAGCAGUGAUGCAUGCUGGAGAUGGAGGGCUUUUUGAGGCGUGCCUAUUGAGAGCGCUGCCACUAAUUGCACGGACCUGGCGCCGCAGAUAAAACUAUAGACAGCCGCAUCAAUCGACGAUGCAGCGCCUCGCGCUCCUAUACACCGCAGCAGCCGCGUUCACCUGCAAGCAGCACAGCACACGCACGCGACGACGGACCAUCCGCCGGCUCUUCCUCGAGGAGGCCACGUUUAAAGAAGACGCGUUGAUCUGGGCGAAGGAGACGUCAAGGACGCAGACGCGACCCAUGACCGUGGCCGCGGCGUUGUACGACGACAAGUCGCAGUGCGUUUAUGUUGGAGGUUUUGAUGAUGCGGCGUUGGCCGUCGCGGCGCUAUGUAGGAAACAUGGCCGCAACGUGUGCAAGGGGCUGCGGUACGAGGACUUCACCGCCGCGCGUGCCGGUGGCGAUGAAGACGACUUCCGAAUGAUGCAAGGCUCAAUAAUAAAAAUGUGGCUCGACCAGGCCACGGAGGAAAAUGGGGGGUUAACGCCCAUUGGCAAUCGCGAGGAGGGCUGGAGCGACUUCGACGCGACGUCCAAUCCGUUCCUGGCCGGGGUUUUGGGCUCGGGCGAGCAGCAGGAGGGCUACGACCUCCUCACGCCCGAGGAGUUAGCGGCAGAAAAACUACAACAGCGGCGCGAGAACAUGAAGCGCCAGCUCGACGACGCGGUGAGGAGCGGCGACGAAAAACUCGCCACGAAAUUGCUGCGGCGGAUCCAGCGCUUCGACGACGGCGAGGAGGACGAGGACGAGGACGAGGACCCAUAAGUAUAUUAUUACAAGGUU